AUGCAGGCUCAACACCGCGCCUUCAUUCUCUCUGACACCCUCACCCACAACUGCGACCUUCUACGCCACACUUACCACCUUGGUUACUCGACCCCUCUGACACUGAUCCUGCCCUUAAGCCCGUCUCAGUUCUCCGUCUCCCGUCUCCCUCCGCCAGAACCUGCCCCCUGGGACCAGGGCCCACGCGUGCUCCCCGCACCCAUCAUCGACUUGACCGAUCCCGACCCUGACACGCCCCCCCCCAUGCGCACGCCCCAUCCUACUUCAAUAUUCGCUCCACUCACACCGCCUCUGCUUCUCUCCUGGCCCCCAAUCUCCCGCGGAGCCCACCUCGCAGCCCAGAUGGUCCUGCGUGUUCGUCCGACGACGAGAUUGCCGCGAUGCUCGUCGCAAGCCCCUCCACACCGCCUCCGCCGUUCGUUUCCCCGCUCACUCCACUCGCCUCGCUUAACACGUCCCCGGCAUCCACGCACGCUCCCGUCCCCGUCACCCCUCCCUGCUGCUGCUCCCGCUGCCUCCCCCGUCCCGCACGCCAAAUCUUCGCCUACGUCGCCGGCGAUCUGCAAGCUAUAG